CCUGUAGGUCCAUUCUGAAAAAAACACAACAUCGAUUGCUCUCUGCGCUUUACUGAGGUUCUCGCUGUCCACUCGUGAUGUCGCUGGUGUGUUGACAGGCUUUAUGUUUUCCCUGCUCGGUGGAAAACCUCCCUCGCACUAAAAACUGAAAGAUGGAGUACCUCCUCCAAGUAAAAAUCGGAGCCUUGAUCGGUUUGUUGUUGUUGACUCUUCUGUUCGGAUUCAUCCCCGCUAAAGUCAAAUGGUUCAGGGAAACAAACGGAUCAGAAUAUCACCGGACAGUUCUGAGUUUGAUCAGCUGCUUUGCUGGAGGCGUGUUCCUGGCAGCAUGUUUGCUGGACAUCAUUCCAGAUUACCUUUCGGACAUCAGCGCAGCGCUGGACAAUCAGAAGUUGGAGACCAGCUUUCCACUCCCAGAGUUCAUCAUUGCUGCAGGCUUCUUCACUGUCCUCAUCCUGGAGAAAGCCGUCAUGCACUUUCGGGAGCAAAGAGGGGCUGGUGAGGAGAGAGCGCCCCUGUUGCCAGAGAACAGGAAUGGACACGGACACGGCCACAGCGCUGUCACGACCCCCGAUCUGGAAGGCAGCGCCCACCAUGUCCACGUGGACUUCCAAGCUCACUCCCCCUUUCGAUCAUUCAUGCUGUUCCUCUCACUUUCACUACACUCUGUGUUUGAGGGUCUUGCAAUCGGCCUUCAAAACACAGACUCAAAGGUCUUAGAGAUCUGCAUCGCCAUCCUGGUCCACAAGAGCAUCAUAGUGUUCAGCUUGUCAGUGAAGCUGGUCCAGAGCGCCGUUCGACCAGGGUGGGUCGCCGCGUACAUUUUCGUGUUUGCCAUGAUGUCACCUUUAGGCAUCGCCAUCGGCAUCAGCGUGGUGGAGGCCGCUCUCACAGCCGGCGCUCUGAUUCAGGCCAUCCUGGAAGGUCUGGCCGCAGGGACAUUCAUCUACAUCACCUUUAUGGAAAUCCUGCCCCACGAGCUCAACUCCGCUGGGAAGCAGAUCCUCAAGGUCCUCUUCAUCCUGCUCGGCUUCACAAUCAUGGCAGCGUUGACGUUUCUGGGUUGAGACUUUUGCCUUUGCAAACCGACGCGUCCACCACGAAAGGAUGAAGGGUUUUGUGCCGCCUACUGAAGUGGCCUCGCCAGCGUUGGCCGCAUUAAUGCAGAACUACUUUUAAGCAGAAGUGAAGAAGCUGCUGCCGCACUGUUACAUCAACUGCCCUGAUUUUCAUUUGUCAUCGUUUUUAAAGGCAGUCAGAGGCUCUGACAUGAUUUGCACAUGUAGUUUUAGAGAAAACAUUUCAGAGGAAAAACAAUCUUUUACACGUCCGCACAUCUAACUGACCUUGUUUUAAUCCACUUGGAUCCACUGCUUUUCAUUUUAAAAAUGCAAAGGAAAUCACUGGAAUGAAGGGCGUGGUUGUAAAUACUGCAUGUACUUCAAAUAUAUAUACUACGGCAUCCCAAAAGGCUGCAUAACAUCUACAAGUCCAGACAGAGAUUUUUUUUAUUUUUACAAAAAACUGAGUGCCUUGUCACUUUUGUACAAAUACUUCACUGGUACUGUUUUUUUUAUUUCUUAGCCUAAGCUGCAAGGUUAUGGUCGCACAUUCCACUAUUUUGUUUUUUGGUCUUAUUUUUCGUUUCAUGUCUUAUUUUUCUCAUAAUGUUGCAGUUUUUACUUUUGUUCAGUAAAAUAGCAUAAAUAUGCGACUUACUGGCUUUAGCUGUCUUCAAACAAAAGUUGUUUUUUUUUACAACAGUACAGUGCAUUAAAACACAAAAAGUGUAUCUUUCACAAAGUUAUAGCACCUUAAAGCAAGUUAGUUUUUAUUUUCACAUUGUAGAUUGAAAUCAUAUAUUUUGUGUCUCUGUUUACACUUAAAUAGAUUUAGUCUAUCAAUGUAUUAUGUGCAUUUAGUUAUCAGUAUAACUCCAGUUUCAGUUUUUUAUUCAUUCAGCAAAUUGUUUACUCAUUUGAGAAAACAAACUCAGAAUAGAAAUUCUGUUGCUAGAAAAAAAAUAGUAGCUACAUCUAAUAUGAAGAGGGUUUGUGCAUUUGUAUUACAGCAAUUAUCCAAGCAGUGAACCAGACGUCUUACCUUUAGCUUACUGUUUGAAAAAUGGUGAAAACAUUUUGAGUUUAAGCCUGAAUUCAUCUCAUUGUUUUGAUUUUGUGCCUUACAUCGUUUUAUAGAGAUUAAUCUGAUCAAAUUAUAGUUAUAAACAUGCAAACGUCAUAAUUUGUAUUUUACUAGUUCACUAAAGCAGUGUUUAAUCAAGUUGUGUUUCUUUAUGGUGCAAAUUAUGUCGUAGAAAUCCAGUUCUGAUAUUAUCUUUAUAAUUUUUUGUACACAAAGAUAGAAAAUCCACAAUUUUGCAGCAAAAGUUUUAUGCUGGUUUAUUUUUGUUGCAGUAGACUACUGCUGCCACCAGGUGGCAGUGUUAAGCUACAAGUCCAUGCUUUGAGAAAAACACUCUGGAUUUAUUCAUAUAUUUAAAUGCAUUUUCCUUUAAACAACUUUGGACUAUUUGAUGAGUUAGUCUUCUGAGUAUGAAUGAAUGGAGAGACAAUCUUUAUAAUUCAACCUUCUAAAAAGUAGAGGAAGUUUUAAGGUCCUCAAACUGUCAGAAUUAUAACUUUUUUCUCAAAUGUAACAAAAGUUUGUCUUUUAACCAAAGAAAAUUCCCCCAAAGGUCUUGGGGGCAAUAAAGUGUUUUUUUAAACAAA